AUGUACCAUCAGGUGCACAGUUUGGACGCUCCCGGCCAACGGUUUGCUACUAAGGUGGGAGACGUCCAAUUUGUUAACCGGUGCCGCCUAUACAUUGACGACGGCGAAGAGCGCAGGAACAUUGCCAUGGGUAGAUCACUUGAUGUUGGAACUAUUGACACCAUUGCCAAUUACUUGGAUUCGAUCAAUCCUUUCAUCGGUGAUUUCCGGCGAUUAGGUAAUGAGCCAUCGGUAAACGCUCAUUUGGAGUUCCAGGACCUGAGUGAAAGUUACAGUGAUAUAUACAACAAUUCCCUUCUGAAAGCAGAGACUUCUUAUGAAGUAACGAUUAUACCAGUUGGUUAUAAUGGAACAUACGGCCAACCUAAAUCUGAAAUCUUUACUGUCCCUCCAAGAAUACCUGCUGAACCUGAUGAAGUGAAGUUCAAAUCCUUGCCGCCAGUUGAAUCUUCCAGUCGGUCCGCAGUGGUCACCAUCCACAGAGACACUUUCCCCAACACUGAGGGCACUGUCCGCUACUUCGCUAUUCUCGUGGCUGAGAGUUUCCCACAUGGACCAAGUCACGGUUGGCUGACAAACGGAACACAGUCUACUCUCAACACUUGGGCUAAGUCUCGCCAGUCCAGGCCAACACCUCCCUAUCAGGCUCGUCCACCCUGGCCAAACCCUUUUCAAUCGUCAUCCCUGGAAGAGGUCGAGGUGGAAGUGGGGUCGCAGAAGUGUUCUGAGACAGACUACGCAACUUACUGCGACGGUCCCUUGGAAUCUGGCACUGCCUACGAGCUGCGGAUCAGAGCGUUCACUGCUACAGGAUACCGGGACUCCCAGUCUAUCAAGUUUCAGACAGAAUACCCAACGUCUCCUUUUGCUAUUGUUGUGAUACUUAUUAUCUUGGCAAUAGCAAUUAUCACAAGUGUGGUCAGUUUUAUUGUCUGGAGGAGAUGGAGUUACGAAGAACAUAUCACAGUAAUCAGGAAGAAAUCAAAGCGGAAGGAAAAUGAAACUUCUGACUUGUGUGAGAGUCUAACCAUCGAACAGUUUUUGCAACACGCUGAAAAUGUCUUGUCAUCACCAGGUCAAUUAAAGACAGAGUUUAAUAUUUUGGAAAAUGAAAACAACGUGUAUCCUCAAAUAAUUGCAAAAUUGGAACAUAACAAGACGAAAAACAGAUACGGCAAUAUUUUCCCAUAUGAUGAAACUCGGGUAAUACUGGAAGGAGAUGAAAUAAACGAUUAUAUCAAUGCUUCUCAUGUCAAGUUACAAGAAGCCAAGUCAGUAAACUACAUAGCUUGUCAGGCACCUAAAGCUACCAGCUGUGGAGACUUUUGGAAAAUGAUUUUCCAGUUCCGUGUGAACAUAAUUGUAAUGCUUUGUAUGCCAGUUGAAAAAGAAAAGGAAAAAUGCUUUAUUUACUAUCCAAGUCCGACAGAAGUUGUCAUGUACGAUGAUAUUGCUAUCGCCUGUCGUAAGGAAGAAGAGUUUUCGAGUUACAUCGUCAGACACAUUGUUGCUGAUAAGGGAGGUGUUACACUGGAGGUGAAACAGUUUCACUUCAUUGGAUGGCCAGACUUUAAAGUGCCAGAAUCACCAGACGUAAUGGUGAAGUUUGUUAAUGCUGUGCAACAAGUGAGCAAAGGCAAAGAACACUAUAUGGUCGUACACUGUAGCGCAGGUGUUGGCAGAACUGGUACAUUUAUAGCCCUUGACGCCCUAAUGAGGUUGAUACGCCAAAAGUGGAACUGCUCCUUCAACAUAUUUGACGUUGUUCACAAAAUGAGGCAACAGAGGUGUAAAAUGGUGCAGACAGAGGGCCAAUACAGAUACAUAUACGAGUGUAUGAAAUACGCUUUGGAAAAUCAUAGAUCACCUUUUCUAAAAGUGAGAAUGUAUUUAUACAAGAGAUCUAAGAAAGCGAGGAGGUCACGAGAAUCAGAUGGUAAGGAGCUGUUACAUCUGGAGGAUCUGUCUUGUCCUCAAACUCCAGUAGCAAGUUGUUCCACCACUGAUGUCAUGUACAACUCUGAUGGCACACUAUCAAUUUAAAAGUAGAUCAUUUGAUAAACAUGUAUAUGAUAGCAUGAAUUUUAAUAUCAAGCCGUAAACAAUUGCCUCUACUCUGUGAAUAGAUUUGUCCAGGACCUUAAAAUCCAUAAGAAGAUGUAGUUCUAUUAUAUAAAAUACUAAAGAAAUUGCAACAUAAUGUUAAUGUAAUUUAAAACUAUAAACACAAAUGAUUUAUUAAUUACGCAUGAAUAUACACACAGUUUUAACAAUAUCAAUAUUAAGUGUUUAAGCGAUAUUACAUCAGCAACACUUAGGUCAACUGAUUACUUUACAGGGAUAUUUUAUUAACCCAUCUGUAUUAAUAUGUGGCUAUGCUGAAUUAAUUUUGCUUUCUACAAAAAGAUUCCAUAGUAAACUAAAAUUUACUGGAAUAAAAUUAAUAAUCUUGGUUGGCUAUCUACACUUAUAGAGACUACAUGAAACAAAGCCCAUUAAACAGGAGAACAUAAGAAUCACAGGGAACCAAAUUAUAACAUCAAACUAUUUCCUCGAGAAGCAUAUUUACUAUAAUAAAGUACUGUUAUAUAUAAUUAUAUAACAAAUAAAACUACCAAUUUAAAUGAGAAUUAUAUAUUCGUAAAUAAAACACGCAGUAUCGUCAAUUUAAACACUACAUAGAGAACACACCAACUAAUAACUAAUAACUUUUUAUUUUGUGAGGCCUUUCAAUAUCAAGGCUAUCUUCAUCAGACACAUCACAAGAGUCAAUUUGUUAUUAAUAAUAGUUAGGCAUAUGUGAUUCUAAUAUUGCUUUCUCCUGUGUGUCGCAGUGCUUAAAACAAAAUAAAAUAAUUACUAAAAUUAUACUAUAU